CUGCGCUUUUCGAACGUCGUUUUUUUUUUUUUCAACGACGCUGACGUCACCGCAGCAAUGGCGGAGGCGGCCGCUGUCGUUGCUGGUGCGGAUGUCAACAUGGCGGAGAAUCCCACACAAGUCGCCAUGGCGUUCUUUCAAGACGAGACGCAUGAAGGAGAAAGUGCCCAGCUCAACCUGGGAGAACUGGACCUGACCACAGAUGAGUUCAUCUUGGAUGAAGUGGACCUGCACAUCCAGGCCAACCUGGAGGACGAGCUCGUCAAGGAGGCGCUUAAAACGGGUGUGGACUUGCGCCAGUACUCCAAACAAGUGGAGGCGGAGCUUCAGAAGAUUGAACAGGCCUCCAUCAAAGACUACAUCAAGGAGAGUCAGAACAUCGCUCUGCUGCACCAGCAGAUCAGCGCUUGUGACGCCAUCUUGGAGAGGAUGGAGGAGAUGCUAAGCGGCUUCCAGAGCGACCUGUCGUCCAUCAGCAGUGAGAUCCACACGCUGCAGCAGCAGUCCCUCAGCAUGAACGUCCGCCUGAAGAACCGCCAGGCGGUCCGCAGCAACCUCAGCCAGCUGGUGGACGAGCUGCUGGUGCCCGGCAACAUGAUCUCGACCAUCCUGGACUGUCCGGUGACGGAGCAGGACUUCCUGGAGCAGCUCCACGAACUCAACAACAAGAUCAACCUGGCCAAAGAGCUGAGCUUCCGAGAGACGCUGGCUUGCUCCGACAUCCAGGACAUCGUGGACCGUCUCAAGGUCAAGGCGGUGUGUAAGAUCCGAGAGUUCAUCCUUCAGAAGAUCUACUCCUUCCGGAAGCCUAUGACCAACUACCAGAUCCCACAGAACACUCUGCUGAAGUACAGGUUCUUCUACCAGUUCCUGCUGGCCAACGAGAGGACGGCAGCCAAAGAGGUGCGGGACGAGUACGUGGACACCAUGAGUAAGAUCUACUGCAGUUACUUCAAGUCGUACAGCGGCCGGCUGCUCAAAGUGCAGUACGAAGAAGUCGCCGAUAAGGACGACCUGAUGGGAGUGGAGGACACGGCCAAGAAAGGUUUCUUCUCCAAGCCGUCUCUGAAGAGCAGGAACACCAUCUUCACUCUCGGCCAGAGGGGGGCGAUACUGAGUCCCCCAGAACUCGAGGGCCCCAUUCUGGUCCCUCACACGGCGCAGAGGGGAGACAGCAGGUACCCGUACGAGACCUUGUUCCGCAGCCAGCACUACGCCCUUCUGGACAACGGCUGCAGGGAACACCUCUUCCUGUUGGACUUCUUCAUGGUGGCCGGGAACUCCGCCCUGGAUCUGUUCAACAGCAUCAUGGGGAAGACGCUCAGCAUGUUCCUGAAGAGCAUGUCCACGUACGUGUCUGACUGCUACGACAGCAUCGCCGUCUUCCUGUGCAUACACGUCAUCCUCAGGUUCCGCGCCAUCACCACCAAGAGGAACAUUCCCGCUCUCGACAAGUAUUGGGAGGCUGUGCUGGAGCUGCUGUGGCCUCGCUUUGAGCUCAUCCUGGAAAUGAACAUCCAUAGCAUCAGAAACACAGACCCUCAGAAACUGGGCGUGCUGGACACCAGGCCACACUAUAUCACGCGUCGCUAUGCCGAGUUCUCGUCGGCCAUCGUCAGCAUCAACCAGACCUUCCCCAAUGAGAGGACCCACGCUCUGCUGGCUCAGCUGCAGGUGGAGGUGGAGAACUUUGUGCUGAAGAUGGCCGCAGAGUUCCCCUCCAGGAGAGACCAGCUCAUCUUCCUCAUCAACAACUACGACAUGAUGCUCAGCGUCCUCAUGGAGAGGGCAGCAGACGACAGCAAGGAGGUGGAAGGUUUCCAGCAGCUGCUGCUGGCCAGGACGCAGGAGUUUAUUGAAGAGAUUCUGUCAGCGCCCUUUGGAGGGAUGAUCUCCUUUGUGAAGGAGGCCGAGGCGCUCAUAGAGAACGGGCAUCUGGAGCGACUGAAGAACGAGGAAGCUCGGAUCUGCCAGCUGGUGCGAGGCUUCUCCAGCUCCUGGAAGCAGUCUGUGGAGGCCAUGAGUCAGGACGUCAUGCGCUCCUUCACCAACUUCAAGAACGGAACCAGCAUCAUCCAGGGCGCCCUCACCCAGCUCAUCCAGUACUACCACGGCUUCCACAAGGUCCUCAACCAGCCCACCUUCCGCGGCCUGCCGGUCCGCUCGGAGCUCAUCAACCUGCACCACCUGAUGGUGGAGGUCAAGAAGCACAAGCCCAACUUCUGAUCCUGAACAACAACAACCAAGUGUGCUGUCCUUUUCAUGUGCCUGCUGGUUCUUUCAAAGUAAAAGCUGUGUUUGAGUCCGA